AACAACAACAAAAAACCCAAAACCCUAGUAUUUAUGUUGCUUUUGCCUUCUCCCAGGAAUUGCUGGUUGUGUCUUUCCAAUUUUGCUCCCAGUAAAGAUGAGGGUUACCUUUUCCUUGGAUAAACUUAAAUUGUAUGAGAUGUAACUUUUAUAUUUAAGCGUAGAUGAUGCUGAUGACGCUUCCAACUCUUGCUCUUCCGGGAGGAGGAUUUUCUCCAUCAAAGUGGAAUUUCUUUGGGAUUGACUCCGCUUCCAGUUGCCAUGGGGAGCUCUGACAUCAGAGCAGUCGCAAACACCAGACAAUGGGGUAAGGGAAGGGACCCCUUUCGGGCGCUUCAGCUGGUGCUUUAGCUCCGGACUCGAGCUGACCAUGUCAAGUGACGAAAGUUAUGAAGUAACCUUCGAAAUGACAGCAGACUUUGCCUCUGGCUCUGCUGAGUUCCCACACCUGGAACAAAUUGAAUGUCACAUGAAGCUUCUGUUGCAGGAUGUAGAUUGCACCCUGGCUGAGAUGAUAGCAGAGGUAGAACGAAUAUUGCUGGAGGAUGAAUUGCCGAUAGACCAGGCGUGGGGACAAGAGAGCUCACCCAGCAGCGGUCCCUGCGGCACCACUCGGAAGGCUGUUUGCAGGAAAAGGAUGAGUGGGACAUCUAGUGAUGAGACUGACGAAGAUGAAGGGAGAAGUCCAAGGAAGGCGAGGCGGCGGUCACGAGCAUGGGACACCUUGAAGACAGUUGAAGUGGUAGAAGAGACGUUGAUGCUGGAAGAUAGGAAGAACCCAGAAGCAGCCCAGGAAGAGAGCAGUGACAGUUUCAUACCCAUGUCUCUGUGGAUAGCGGAGAAAAGUGAAGCUUUGGAUGCUGCAGAUGCGCCGGCACCAGAGCCAUUUGUCUCGGAGACUGACCAAUGGGGGUUUAAAUCUGCCACCGAUGCUGCUGGUCCCCACCCCACCUCGUCAGCCGUCCCCGCGUGGAUGCAGCAGGAGGAGUCCAAAGAAAGCGAGGCAGCAGUCACCAGCUCAGAAGAACAUGAAGAUGCCUCAGUGGAGAAAGAGACAUUGCUGCUUUCUUCUUCCCUUCUUCCAGCAGAAGCAGCACAGGAAGGGAACACUCAAGGUUUGAUACCUGUGGCUGCGUGGAUCGUGGUAUUUGCCAUCUCUGUGUUUGUCAUCUUCGUGCCUGUAGUUAAUGGAUGGUAAUCCAACCAGUCUGCUCAUAAACCUCAUCCUGGGAAGAAAAU